GGUCGGUAUAGUCCCCUAUUUCUUUAACAGUUAAUUUUUUCUUCCUAAUUUCAGCCUGCCCACUUUCCCUUCCCACCGCGCACCCCCAAUUUCCCUCCCUUAUUUCCGAGCUUCCCUCCCCAAUUUCUGACCUUCCCUCCCAGCAAAUCUACAAAUUUUGUAAUUGAUUUUGCUAAAACGCAAAACCCAUUCGAACCCAGCUGCAAAACUCAUUUCCUCCACUCUAAUCCAUCAACGACAGAGGAUUGCUCGCAGCCGACCGCAGGCCCGCUUGCUCUCUCCUGUUCGUCAUCCAUGAUCUGUUGAGGAUCCUGUUAAAGACAGUACUUGGGAGUAGCCUUUGAUUUUACUGAGAGAAGAAGAAGGUUAGUCAAUACCUAAUGCACUUGAGAUUUUGUUGAUUUGUGCUGUUUGUUCCUAAUUCAAAUGUAGUUUAAUUUUGUUGGUAAUUGCUUCUUUUUUUUCUUUCUUUCUUUCUGAUUACAGUUUCUUUCUUUAAUGCUAUUGAUCUGUUUUAUCGUUUUAUCACUAUGGAUAAAACAUGGAUAAAUUUGAAAGAAACCUCAAGUCCAUAUUACAUAGAAGGAGUUUUGAAUUUUGUAAAUUUUACAUUUGAGAAAUCUGCAAAAGCUGGGAAAAUAUUGUGCCCUUGUAGGAGAUGUGCAAACUUAAUUUGGUGUACAAAAGAAGAGGUUGUUGAUCAUUUAGUAGAAAAGGGUUUUCUUAGAAAUUAUAAUUGGACUUCUCAUGAGAAGGAUUCUGCAAUGGUGAAUUCUAGUGAAAACCAAAAUGAAGAGGAAAUAGCUUUUAAUCAUGAUAUGAGAGGGUUGCUACAAGAUGCUUUUCUAGGGGUUAAUAUGGAUGAUAGCAUCCACAAUGAGGGUGUAGAAAGUUUCAAUUCUGGAAGUGCUUUUAACCAAGAACCUUCCAUGUCUGGAAAUCAUAUGGAUGGCUUUUUUAAUUUGUUGAAGGAUGCUGGGCAGAAAUUAUACCCCAAUUGUGAAGAGAGCAAGUUAGCUGCUGUUGUGCAUUUAUUUCACCUAAAAUGCUUAAAUGGGUGGAGUAACAAGUCUUUCACUCAAUUAUUAGAGUACUUAAUUUUCUUGCUACCGGAAGGGAAUUUGUUGCCUAAGUCUUAUAGUGGAACCAAGAAAAUCAUUAGAAGUUUAGGCUUAAGUUAUGAGAAAAUACAUGCUUGCCCUAAUGAUUGCAUGUUGUUUUGGAAAGAUAAAGUUAAUGAUGAUUUUUGUUCUGAGUGUGGUGCUUCGAGAUGGAUUGUUAACACAAAUAUUGAAGAAGAUUCCAUAGAUUGCACAAUAAAAAAGAAAAAGCCAAAAGCUGCUAAGAUCUUGCGAUGGUUCCCUUUAAUCCCAAGAUUACAGCGGCUGUACAUGUCUUCAAAAACUGCUGCUCUUAUGAGAUGUCAUGAUGAAGAACGGACUAAGGAUGGACUUAUUCGCCAUCCUACAGAUUCUAUUGCUUGGAAGCAUUUGGAUGAAAAAUAUCCAGAGUUUGCUGCUGAUCCUCGAAAUCUGCGAUUGGGUCUAGCUUCUGAUGGAUUUAACCCAUUCAAGUCAAUGAAUGUCACAUAUAGCACCUGGCCUGUUAUACUAAUGCCAUACAACCUGCCUCCUUGGUUAUGCAUGAAGCAGCCGAAUUUGAUAUUGUCACUUUUGAUUCCUGGUCCAAAAAGUCCUGGAAACAAAAUUGAUAUCUACAUGCAGCCACUCAUUGAAGAGUUACAACAACUAUGGGACACUGGGAUUGAAACUUUUGAUGCUUCUAAAAGGGAGAGAUUCCAGUUGAGAGCUGCAUUAUUAUGGACCAUCAAUGACUCUCCAGCUCGUGCAAUUCUGUCCGGGUGGAGUACUAGGGGGGAAAAGGCUUGUCCAUGCUGUGGUUAUAAUACAGAAUCUAAGUGGUUAUAUCACAGUAGGAAAUAUUGUUAUAUGGGUCAUCGGAGAUGGCUAGAUCGAAGGCAUAGGUAUCGACAUGAUGGAAAAUCUUUUGAUGGAAACAAGGAGCUUCGAAUGCCACCUAGUCGAACAUCUGGAUCAGAAAUUUUGAGUCAUGCAGAUAAUGUGAAUAUAAUGGAAGGGGAAUCAAGUCAGCCUUUGAAAAAGAUUAGCAUUUUUUUUACUCUUCCUUACUGGCAGCACAAUCUACUUCCCCACAACAUUGAUAUGAUGCACACUGAGAAAAAUGUCUUCGAUAACACUUAUGGAACAAUAACUGACCAAGAUGGAAAAACAAAAGACAAUUACAAAGCACGAUGUGACCUCCAAGACAUGGGGUUAAGGGCUGAUCUGCAUCCAAAACCAGGAUCAAUUAAACAACGGAAGAUAAUAGGACUUAAAUCUUAUGAUGGCCAUAUUCUUAUGGAAGAACUUCUACCGGUGGCAAUUCGAGGAUCUUUGCCUAAAAGAGUUGCUUCAGUUAUUGUUGAGUUGUGUCAACUCUUCAAAUGCUUGUGUGCAAAAGUGUUCAAAGAAUCUGAUCUUGAUGAGUUAAAGUCUCAAUCUGUAAUAAUUUUGUGUGAAAUGGAAAAGAUCUUCCCACCUUCAUUCUUCACUGUGAUGGUACAUCUUGUCAUGCAUUUGGCAGAAGAGGUAAAGCUUGGUGGGCCAGUUGCUUAUAGGUUCCUCCUUACACUCAAGAAUUAUGUUUGUAAUAGAGCUCAUCCAGAGGGAUCAAUAGCAGAAGCUUAUUUGUCAAAUGAGUGUUUAACGUUCUGCUCAAGAUAUUUGGAAGGGGUUGAGACUAGAUUUAAUAGACCUUUACGUAAUAAUGAUGAAGAUGAUAGGGAGCAUUCUAAUGAGGUAGAAGAAAACCUAAUAACUCUCAUAGGUCGACCAUUGGGAAGGGCACAAGUACACAUGGUUGUUAAUCUAAAGAAACGAAAAAGGGUGCGAAGGAUAAAGCUUGACUCUCAGCCCUUGCUGCAAGCCCACCGAUACAUUCUUUUUAACACUCAUGAAGUCACUCCCUUCAUUGAGGAACACAAGGAUUUUUUAAAGAAACAACAUCGCUCACCUCGCCUAUCACAGUAUGAGAUCGAAAGGCGUCAUUCCUUGACAUUUCAUGAAUGGUUUCGUGAUCGGGUUGCAAGAAUGGAACAACAAGGUUAUGUUAUUUCUGAAAAAUUUAAGUGGCUCUCGAAAGGACCAAGUGAUGUUGCUCUGACCUAUUCUGGAUAUUUAUGUGAUUGGGCAAACACCCAAAGAGGAUGCAAGAAAGAUGAAUUUGGUUUUACAUUGGUCAAUUUCAAUCAUUUAUCUCACACUGGUAGUAAUCCUAGUGAUGACCCCUACAUAUUUGCUUCUCAAGCUAGUAAAGUGUUUUACAUUGAGGAUGCAAGAGAAAAAGGUUGGCAAGUAGUCAAGCAUGUGAAGGUUAGAGGUGCCUUUGAUUUGGGAGAAGUGAUACCUAUUAGAGCAUAUGAAGUUGCUGGAACAGACAUGGCAUCCACUUGGGUUAGGAGAGAUACAGAGGAAGAGGGGAUUAUUGUGACACCAAAUAUGGAAGUUGAAACCUAUGAUGAGGAAGAAAUGGAUGAUUAAAUUUUAGUUUGUAGUACAAAGUGUAGUUACUAGUUUUUCUAAUGAAGGCAAUAUGUUAUUAUUUUGUGUAAUGUAUGACUAUAAUUUGAAAUAUAAUAGUUUAGUUUUU